AUGUCCUACUACGACAACCAGCAGUGGCCUGCUCCGAGCCAGAAUAACUGGGAACACCAAGGGACGACCACCCCCACUCGUGCCGGUGCUAGCGGGCCGCAAUCCCAGGACGACUAUGCAUUCUCGUAUCAAUUCGAUGAGGUCGACCGCGCCUACGAGAAUCUUCAAAAGUCCGGCAAGGGCUAUGCCAUGGGCGCCCGCCGCAAGCCCACUCCAAAGGCAUCACUCCGCAGUGGCGCACCCAUGUUUCCUGCAGAUGUCCGGCCUGUUCAUGGCAGCGGACCCCGUUCGCACCCCAUGAACGACUUUGACGGGCCCCAGGGUCACAAUUUGCAAAACUAUUACGCUUCACAGCGACACCAACCUUCGCGGGCCUCCAACGAGGCAGAGCAGGUCAUGCAGGCUAAGAGAAGGAUGGCAGCUCAGCGAGAGCGUGAGCUGCGCAAUCUACACACAGAGCAGCAGUAUCAACGAAAUGUUUUGCCCGAUGUGCCUCAGCAUAACAACAAGCACAUGUCGGAAGAGGAGACGCGCGAGUUGAUUGCUCGCCAGCGAAGCGCUUUGUACGGCGAAGGUCCGUUCGCUGACAAGAAUAGCUAUGUUGAUGAAUCAGGUCACAUUCGUACUGGCGUUCCAGGCCCGAGUGGUCCAUCCAGCCUUCGCGGACCGUCCCCGUUGGCCUUUGAUGCUAUCGGCCGUGCUCCGUCUGCCGCAGAUGCUGCAACUCCCGGCUCUGCAAGCGAGCGUAACGCUACACCUGGUGCCCCCAGUCCGCGACCCCAGAGCACCAGCAGCCCACAAAGCGCUGGACCUGUUCCGACCAACAAAGCUUUCGAAAAUGCCGUGGGCGCUCAAAACCGCACGACCACUUCAAGCCCCACGGGCGGCUCUUCACCUCGCGACCUCGCACCUGGAUCCAAGCCCGGCCAGAAUGGUGCUUCCGUUGCACCCAUUGGUACUCGGCCUGCUGGUACCCCAUCAACAACUGUGUCUGGAAAACGUUCCACCACACCCCUGGCUGCUUCUGGCGGCUGGGGACGUGGAAAUGGCGUCUGGGGACAAUCCUCAGGGCUGGGGGCCCAGGCAAGCGUUUGGGGCUGA